UUGUCCCUGCAGGGUCUCUGGUGGUUUCAUGAUGUCUGCUGGAACAUUAUCAGUCAUUGUGUUUUAUUUGUUUGUUUCCAGAUUGGCUUAGACUUCACUCCGUGGUGUGCUCCCUCUCAUCAGGACAGAGAGGAUCAGAUGAGCGUCUUCAUCAAACAGCUGAGCGUCGCCAAGGAGCUGCAGCUGCCUGUGAACGUCCACUCACGAUCUGCUGCUAAAGUCACCAUAGAGACGAUGAGAGAACAAGGUAUCAGUCGAGCGCUGCUUCAUAACUUUGCAGGGAAGCCCUCCGUGGCUCUGGAGGGAGUGAAGGCUGGUUUCUUCUUCUCCUUCCCCCCCGCGGUCUGCAGGAACCACCAGAGAGACAAACUGAUCAAGCAGAUCCCUCUGGAGCACAUCUGUCUGGAAACGGACUCUCCCGCUCUCGGGCUCGACAAGCUGGAGAGGAACGAGCCCUGUAACAUCGCUCUGUGCUGCCGACACAUCGCUGACGUCAAAGGUCUGUCAACACAAACUGUUCAGAUCGUCACCGCACAAAACGCACUCAGGCUUUUCCCAAAGGUUCAAACUCACAUGCAGCAUAUAAGUCUCUGACGUGUGAGCUUUGGACUCAGGGGGGCGCCAGAGGCAACAAAAGGAUCUGUCCUAUGUUUGGAAAUGAACCUUAGCAUUAGCAUUUUCUAUAGGCACAGCUGUGUUACAAAGAUACAAGGAUCAUUUAUUGUAAUUAUACAACACAAGGUUGUGCAACGAAAUGAAAAAAUAUCUUUCUUAUCUUAUCUCAAUACUAAAUUAAUCAUGCUAACCAACAUUUUUUGCGUAUAAUUUAAAAUGUUUCGAACAAAACCUACUUACUGUAUGUAUUCUGCUACAUAAAUACAUAAACGACUAUCUGUAUAGACUUUAGCAUGAUAACAUUUCACAAUGUUGGUCAUCAAAGCUUGUUAGUAUACUAUAUUAGCAUUAAGCUCAAUAAACAGCUACUCUGACUGGGAUUUAGUGAUUUAUAUUUUGAGUUAUUUCCAAUUGUUGCACAAGUGGAACCUGCAAUUGAUUUGAAAUAAAAAGUGAAAAUAUGUAGUUUGUAAUCAUUCAUCCUGAUUGAACGGCUGUCAAGGCAUUUGACAAUAGUGAUGGAGAUAUUGAACCUUUGCUAACUCACUUAUACCUCAUUCACACCAACGGUGUUUCAGGGCCGGUUCGGAGCUGGAGCUUGAAAAGCACCGGGUUUUCC